AUGCCCGGAGCAGCACUCGAGGAGCGGGCUCUGACAGUCACGCGGGCUGCAGCUCUGCUGAAGCGGGGACCCGGCCUCCCUCCGCCUUCCCCCCCCGGAGCCCGGCGGCUCCACAAGAUGGCGAGCGCGGGCUCCCCCGCCCUGCCCAAGAUGGCGGCGGGCGGCCAGGCGCGGAGCGGGAGCCGCACCGGGACCCCCGGCUCGGCCCUCCCGGGGCGGCGGCGGCGGGAGCGGCUGCUCGGGUACCGCGCGGAGGGGUCCCUGGAGGGCGGGAGCCCGGCGGCCGCCUCCGCUCAGCCCGCGGGGGAAGCGUCGCCUGCGGCCCGGCGCCAGCAGCGGGGGGGGGCCCAGCCGCCAGGCCAGAAAACAGCUGAGAGACGACCCUCAAAGAGGCUAAAAACCAAACACCCUGGUCUAGUAAAAUCUGAGCUAGGACUUCCACGUGGAAGGGGAGCCCUUGCUGCGUUGGUGGAAACACCCCCAACAACGGAUGGGGAUCAGUGUUCAGAGGAUCCAGGAGACCAUGCUGUAAUUCAGCAGCAAAAAGGUGAAAGCAUUCCAGAGACUAACAGAGAGGAACAGGAAAAGGAGCAUAAUGCAUCUCACAAGCCACGUGGGGUGAAAUCAAGAGAUGCUCCAUCAGAAACGGACAGUGGUGAAGGUGCGCAUGCUUGUGUCUGCAGCGAAGAGAGCAGCUGUGAGAGUGCACUUUCUGAUGGGUCUGGCUCGGAGGACACUGCUCUCCCAACGAAGCCGAUGCGACUGGACAGCAGCACCUUCUUGGAUGAAGACAGCAACCAGCCGAUGCCCAUGGACCGGUUCUUUGGAGAUGUGGAGUUUUUGCAGGAUCUCCCAGCAGUUGCUCUCCCAAGCACAACGAUGAGCAGGCGAGAACUCCGAAAGCUCCAUUUCAUUGCGAAGGAAGAGGAGGAGGAAGAGGAUGUUGUCUAACAGCAAAGUGUAAAUAAACUAACCCCUUUCUCAUUGCAACCACGUGAUGCUGGUUGGCUGUUGCUAACAUAAGGUGUCUGCGUUUGCCUUUUCUCAGAGAGAGAGGUGGUGGAGUUUGUUUUCCUUGAGUUGGCAGAUAGAGGAUUCUCCCACAGUUGUCUGGGGCUAAGAUUGACUGAAUUGUCAGUGAUUUGGAAAGAAAUUGCAAGUUAGCAUUUUACCACUAAUGUUUAGGAAAAAAACUGGGAAAAUGGAAGCUCUCAGAGCUUGCUUAUGAUUUUGAGGUCCUGCCUAGGAUGAACACUUGGUCUCGCUCCUUUUUUCAGAAAUAGCCAAUUAAACCAGGUGAGAACAAGUUCCUUUUGCUAUGAAUUCUGUGAUGUCUGCCUUUGUGGCAUCCUGUUAGUAAUGCAGCCAGUUGACUCCCCAGAACCAAGAGGGACACCAGGCUCUGUUGUGUGUGCUGCACUGUUUGUAUCUAAACCAGAACCAGUUAAACCUCCGAAAUGCUGUUCUGCUGGUAAAGCAUGGAUUCAGUGUGAGGGCAGCGAUGGUAAUCUCUGGGAGUCAAGUAGUUCUUGUUGCAUUUCAGUUCUCUUAAUAACCACCACAUAAAGCUGGCUGCCUCCCUCUUCCACCAGAGCAGCUGUGAGCACUGCCUGUGGCAACAUAGGCAGUAUUUUCAGUUGACUUCCCAGGGUUAGGAAUAGGGAUUUUGUAUACAAAUGCAUCAGUGGUGAUAAAGGAGGAAUAAAACUGCUCAGUGUGAGGCUUGAUCUGUAGGUGAGCGAGUACUGCCCGCUAAAGAUGGGGGGCAGCCCACCACGUUCUAGCCUGCAUUUGUACCCAGUAAUGAGUAAUUUCAGAUGGUUUGAGGACUGUGAACUCCCCCAGUGUUUAUGAUAAUACAUCUUCAAAAGUGUGAUUAUGUGAUAAGCUCCCAGAUCUUUAUUGUUACAGUUUCUUCUCCUUUUCUAUAAAACAUAGAGAAAAUGUUAUCAGCAGAUGGUUUAAAUAAAUAUUAAUUUCUACAGCUACAGCCUGUUAAAUGUUCAAAA